GCAGGCAAACGUACGUAACGUACAUGUACGUUGAGGUGGUGCGACCAUUCAACUGGCACUGCAUACCGGCCGUCGAAAAACACGUGGGAGAAUUUUAACGCAAAAUUUUGACGUUUAGUUGGCCGUGAUGGAGAACUCAUCCUUAGAAUCCAUCUGUUACAAGGAUCACAAGCUGCGUGUCCUGAACCAGUUGUUAUUACCCAGCCAGCUUGAGUAUGAAGAAAUAACCAGCGUGCGGGAUGGAUGGGAGUCAAUCCGGCAAAUGAAGGUGCGAGGAGCUCCGUGCAUUGCCAUUGUUGGCUGCCUCUCAUUGGCUGUGGAAUUGGCCAAUCACACACCAACAAGCCGGGAGGAGACAGUUUCCUUCAUCUCACAACAGCUGGAUUACUUGGUGUCCGCCAGGCCAACUGCCGUCAACAUGAAGCGUGCAGCUGAUAGUAUCAAGUCGUUGAUGGAGGAGAUGAUUCGUGACAACCCUGACAUCACAGCGCAACAACUCUGCCAAAGAGUAAUUCAGGAAGCCGAGUCGAUGCUUUUGAGCGACGUCAAAUGUAACAAGAGCAUCGGACAGCAUGGAGCUCAGCACAUUAAGCAACGUUGUAAACCAGGCAAACAAACCGUCAUGACGCAUUGCAACACUGGGUCGCUCGCUACGGCUGGCUAUGGAACGGCCUUAGGAGUGAUCCGUGCUCUGCAUGCAUCAGAUGAUCUGGAUCAUGUGUUCUGUACGGAGACCAGACCAUACAAUCAAGGAGCCAGACUAACAGCAUUUGAGCUUGUACAUGACCACAUACCCUCUUCUUUGAUCACAGACAGCAUGGCCGCAUUCACGAUGAUCAAGAAAGGAGUAACAGCUGUAGUUGUUGGUGCUGACCGAGUGGUUGCCAAUGGUGACACAGCCAAUAAAAUUGGAACAUAUCAGCUGGCUUUAUGUGCCAAGCACCACGACAUUCCAUUCUACGUUGCCUGCCCAUUCACAUCAUGUGAUUUCAACCUAGCCAGUGGGGACAGCAUCGUGAUAGAGGAGAGACCAGCGAAGGAGAUGAUGUCCGUCAACGGGGUACAGAUUGCUGCCGAGGGUAUAGGCAUCUGGAACCCUGCUUUCGAUGUGACCCCAGGAUCUCUGAUCACUGGAGGCAUCAUCACGGAGUUUGGAGUGUUCAAACCAAGUGAACUGCAAGAACAGUUGACCAAACUCUUGCCAGCAUAGAUAUGCCGUAUCCAAAUCAAUAUGGCUGGACCUUGGAUUAUGCCUGUUGCGAGUUAAAUUUGAAUAAAAAUCUGGUACACCGAGUCCUUUUAAUCCACAUGGACAUAACCAUUUGAAUUCUUUAUACUAAAGCCAAUGUUGUUAUUCGUCGUGAUUCGGGGCAGGCUUUUACUUAGUUACACAAGAGACAUCUUGCACCAAUUCUCUGUUUUCAGUGGACAAGAACUUAGAAAGUACACAAAGGAACCAGUCAGUUCCAGAGAUGGUGGUUGCUAUGCAAAAGGUUGAUUGAUGAUUUUAAGCCACAGCCAAGUAAUUCAGACAAGGCCACAUUCACAUUUUGAAUUAGGAAAUAAAUUAGGAAAUGCCAUGGAGUGCCGAUAAGCCAUUCAGUAUUUGCCUUUUUACGGGUCGGAUUAAAAAAAAUGUGCAUGCGGAAUCUUGUACCAAAGAAUUUGAAGAGGGUUCUCAUGGAGCAAGUACAAGACACUUUUUUUUGGUGUAACACUUCUGAUCAUCUCUA